AUGUUCAAAAUCACGUCUGAAGUGGCCAACAAGGGCAUGUCACAGGGUUCUGCGACCAGAUUGUUGUCAUCGUCAGCUGCAGUCGGACGCAGCUACCAUGUGGAAACCGAUGCAUUUGGAGAAAUUAAAGUUCCUAGUGAUAAGUACUGGGGUGCUCAGACGCAGAGAUCGUUGGAGAACUUCAAGAUUGGUGGCGUCCGCGAACGGAUGCCCGAGCCGCUCAUCAAAGCGUUCGGGAUUUUAAAGAAAUCCGCGGCCAUCGUCAACGAGUCUUUCGGAACGCUAGAUCCUAGCGUCUCAAAGCCAAUUCAACAGGCUGCCGACGAGGUCAUCAAAGGUGACUUGAUGGACCACUUCCCACUUGUGGUGUUCCAGACCGGUUCCGGUACCCAGAGUAACAUGAACGCCAACGAGGUCAUCUCCAACAGAGCCAUCGAGAUCGUAGGCGGCGAGAUGGGCUCCAAGUCGAUCCACCCAAACAACCACUGCAACCAGGCCCAGUCGUCAAACGAUACUUUCCCCUCCGUCAUGCACAUUGCCGCAGUCACCGAGAUCACCCACUUGUUGCUCCCCGAAUUGACCGCUUUGAGAGACUCUUUCGCUAAGAAGUCUCAGGAAUUUGAACCUAUCGUCAAGAUUGUCAGAACCCAUUUGCAAGAUGCUACCCCACUUACUUUGGGACAGGAAUUCAGUGGUUACACCCAGCAAUUGACCAACGGUAUCACUCGUGUCGAACAAUCUCUACAUCAUUUGAAAUACUUGGCUCAAGGUGGUACCGCUGUGGGUACUGGCUUGAACACUAAAAUUGGUUUUGCCGAGAAAAUUGCCGAGCAAGUCAGCAAAGAGACUGGUAUCGACUUCAAAACCGCUCCUAACAAGUUUGAAGCUUUGGCUGCUCACGACGCCGUGGUCGAGUGUUCUGGUGCCUUGAACACUUUAGCGUGCUCUUUAUUCAAGAUUGCUAACGAUAUCAGAUACUUGGGCUCCGGUCCUCGUUGUGGUUACGGCGAGCUUUCGUUACCCGAAAACGAACCAGGUUCCUCGAUCAUGCCGGGCAAGGUCAACCCAACCCAAAAUGAGGCAAUGACCCAGCUGUGCGUCCAAGUCAUGGGCAACAACGCUGCCAUCACUUUUGCCGGUGCCUCAGGUCAAUUCGAAUUAAACGUCUUCAAGCCAGUCAUGAUCUCAAACCUCUUGAGCUCUAUCAGACUAUUGGGUGAUGGCUGUCUCUCCUUCAGAAUCCACUGUGUGGACGGUAUCCAAGCUAACAAGGACAAGAUCGCCAAGCUUCUGCACGAAUCUUUGAUGUUGGUUACUGCUUUGAAUCCAAAGAUUGGCUACGACGCGGCUUCCAAAGUCGCCAAGAACGCUCACAAGAAAGGCAUCACUUUGAAAGAAUCUGCUUUAGAAUUGAACGUCUUGACUGGUCCUGAAUUCGACCAAUGGGUUGUUCCAGAAAACAUGGUGGGACCCAAAUAA